CAAGUCGUGCCGUGUGCUGAAUAUGAUGCGGCACAGCUCUUUUAAGAGACUGUGAAUCAUACGAUAUUUAAUGCGAGUUUCUGACUAGAUGCUCCCAUCCUGUCAGCACAAAAGCAGUUUCCCACGUUUGUUCCUACAUACAGAUAGAUCACCAUGUCAUCGACUGGAAAACGCCCCAACUUCCUCAUCAUUGUCGCCGAUGAUCUAGGUUUCUCGGACGUCGGCGCCUUUGGCAGCGAAAUUCACACCCCGAACCUGGACGCUCUCGCCAGAGAUGGUCUUCGCUGGACGGAUUUUCAUGCUGCUGCUGCGUGCAGUCCCACGCGCAGUAUGCUCCUCAGUGGGACAGAUAAUCACAUCGCCGGCGUCGGAGCCAUGAUAGAGUCCAUCGCGCCACACAAGCGCAACUGUCCAGGCUACGAAGGCUACCUGAACGACCGCGUCGCCGCCCUGCCAGAGCUCCUCCACGACGCCGGCUAUCUGACCCUGAUGUCUGGGAAGUGGCAUCUCGGGCUCGUGCGCGAGCGCUGGCCGUGCGCCCGCGGCUUCGAGCGCAGUUUCUCGCUGUUGCCGGGCGCGGCAAAUCAUUACGGCUGGGAGCCGCAGCUGGAGGAUGGAGAUGAGAUGCCGCGGCAGCAGAAGAAUACGAAUGUGUUUUAUGUUGAAGGGGAGGAGAGGCUUGCGCCGGGGCAGCUGGCGGAGAGGUAUGGCCGAGAUGGCGUGUUUUACUCCACGGAUGCGUUCGCGGAUAGGAUGCUGGGCUAUCUUGAUGAGAGGACGGAUGAGGAUAAAGAGAGGCCGUUUUUCGGGUAUCUUGCUUUCUCGGCGCCGCAUUGGCCGCUGCAGGCGGAUGAGAGCGAUAUCGAGCCGUAUCAUGGCAGGUAUGAUGACGGUCCUGAGGUAUUGAGACAGGAGCGUGUGAGGAGGUUGAAGGCGCUUGGGCUGGUCCCGAAGCACGCCGUUUCGCACGACGUCGUGGCGCCACAUGAUGGCGUGUUGAGUAGAGACUGGGACACUCUGACGACGGAGCAGAAGCGCUUCUCGUCUCGGACGAUGGAGGCAUAUGCCGGGAUGGUGCACCGUAUGGACCACGCCAUAGGCCGCGUGCUCGAUCGUCUACGGGAGACAGGGGAAUUAGACAAUACCCUGGUGCUCUUCAUGUCCGACAACGGGGCAGAGGGGCUGCUGUUCGAGGCUACACCGGUCAUCAAAGGCAGUAUCCAUGCUCACAUUGAAAAGUACUACGACAACAGCAUCGCGAAUAUCGGCCGGAAGAACUCGUAUGUUUGGUAUGGACCGCAUUGGGCGAGUGCUGCCACAGCGCCGAGCUGGCUUUACAAGAUGUUCUGCUCAGAAGGCGGUAUCCGGGUGCCGCUGAUCCUCAGAUAUCCUGGUUUGCCCCCUGAUAAGUCGGAGAAUCGUGUCGAGCACGCUUUUGCAACUGUCAUGGACAUCACGCCCACAAUCCUAGACCUCGCUGGCGUCAAACAUCCUGGCCCGAAUUGGCGCGGACGGAAGAUCGAGCUGCCCAGGGGCCAGUCGAUGGUUCCCUAUCUCCGAGGCGCUCGGUCACGAAUCCAUGAUGAAGAUAGCACGCACGGCUGGGAGCUGUUCGACAGAAUGGCGAUCAGGAAAGGCAAGUGGAAGGCAACCCACAUACCGAAGCCGUACGGGCCGGGCAAAUGGCAGUUAUUCGACCUCGAGCAGGACCCGGGUGAGACGGUGGAUAGGGGAGAUGAGAAUGCAGCGAAGUUGAGAGAACUGCUUGCGGCGUGGGAUCAAUACGUUGAGGAGGUUGGAGUUGUAGGCGCGGCACCGGAAUAUGGAACUGUGGUUGUGUAGAAGUAGGGCUGUGGUUGUGUAGAAGUAGGGCUGUGGUUGUGUAGAAGUAGGGCUGUGGUUGUGUAGAAGUAGGGCUGUGGUUGUGUAGAAGUAGGGCUGUGGUUGUGUAGAAGUAGGGUUGUUGAUAGUAGAGCUAGUGUAUG